AUGCUUUCAAACGCGUGCUACCACCUGGGCAAAAUCCUCGGCAUCUCACCGCUUCGGCCGGAAAUCAUCAGCAUUUUGGAAAAGUUGCUCCGGCGCCACAAAAAAGACGUAGACCGGCAGCUGGCCAGCAGGUGCACAAAUACAGAAAGACACGGAAAAAAAAAGAAAGAAGAAAAACAUCGGAACAAAGUGCGUGGAAUCGAGGACAAUACCAUCAAAAACAAAGUAUAUAUACGCGCGGGGAACACCACGUCAUUUUUGAUGGACUUUUCUAGAAAAACGCGAAAACAAGCGCUUUUGAACGGUUCCAAACUGUUUCGAAUCAUAAAUUCUUGACCAAAGAUCUCAUGCUUUGAAAAUAAGGUUCAUGGGAGGAUUUGAACUCUAAAAUUCAUAAUUUCUCACAGAUUUCAAAAAUUUUAAUUUAAUUUUUAAUGAAAUCAUAUAUGAACCAUGAAACUUCAAGGAAAAUCCCCAUUAAGUUACAAGAGUAAUACUAUAUUCGUUUGAAAAAGAGUUUUUUUUUUUUGAUAGAAGACUGAGAACAGAACUUUGCGAGAAACAGGUUUUCCUCUGUCUUGAUUAAUUGAUUGAUAAACUACCUUGAGUUUUUGGGGUUCGAAGAGACGAAUCAGUACUUACUGAAAAAUUUCUUUUUUGAGUUCAUCUUGAUUCAUUCAAAACGGUUUCGUUUUCAUAAUUUCUUCAAGAUCUUGUCAUAAAACUUAUUAUCCUAAAAAAUUCAAUGAAGUUUUGGAAAAGUAUGUUUAAAAAAAGUUUGAACAAUAUUCGUUCAAAUUUAAAAAAGUCAAAAUCAGCUUGAAGACGCUGAAAAAACAGUCCAAAAUAGAAAAUAAGUAUGGAACAACGCGAAAAAAAAAAAUGAACUGCAGCUUGCAGAAUAACAGGGCAACAUUGUGAAAUCUAGCUUGGAACGUGGAAAAUAGGAAUUUUUCUCCGACCUGACUAUUUAUAGACGUGGCGGCUCCGCCCCCUAUGAUGUCACUAUAAUGUUUACCUUGGCCUUUUUUGUUUUCAGCGCCUGUACGGAUCAACUAAUCAACAUGUUUUUCGAAAUUGGCGCCGAUUUAAAGGAAUUAUCCGUGGGUCAGAAAUUGGUCAUCGACUUGUGCGACUCGCCAUGUGUCCAAGUUCGAGAACAGUCCGUUUUAAUUUACUUUUGCGAAGAAAAAUCGAAUAAAGGAAGAGGAAGAACCUGCAUUAGAUACUGCGAUAAGAUUCCAGUUCGAGGAGCCGUUUUCAAUCUUAUUCUAGCUGUUUCAAUAUUUCUGCGCCUUUAGACCAUCUAAGAAUUCUUAGAAAAGAUAUAAAUGCCUGAUAACUAACGGUUCUUGAUUGACGAUAUCUAAAACUUUCUCUGCAAAAUAAAUUCAUGAUCCUUAAUACUUCUUUCUAAAAUCUCCUCAAAUGACAGCGCACACAGCGGACAUUCAUAAAAAAAAGUUUAGACUGGAAAAUGCCGGAAUAAUUGAAAGGCUUAUAACUACUCAACACAUUGGCCGAAACAAGUUGCUGGGGUUGUUUUCACAGGUUUCAAUGCAAAGAAAAAUUACAUAACCAUCAAAAUAUUCUAGACAGCCUGGGGCCGUGCUCGUUUACGAAUUAGCGGCGCUCUAGACUUAUUAGUCGAAGAAUUUUACAAUUCUCAAUCGUUUGAUGAACGCUACGAUUUGGCCGUCUCUUUUCGUCAUUUUGCUCAUGAUAUGGAAGGUUUUUUCGGUUGAAGAAAUGCGUUUUAAAGAUACAUUUUCGUAGGAAUUGCCUAUCUCAGUGCAAACAAAACUUUUAUCAACACCGUUGUUCGAGAUGUUUACGCCCACCUCGAAAAGCAUCGACGUGUCUGUCAGGUUUUGGAAAAAUAGAAUAAAAAUGAAACUAGGAAAAUUUCCAGCCGAAGGUCGACAUUCAGUUCAUUGAAAAAUUGAGCGCCAAGCUUGAAUAUUUGUCCCAAGAGAAGGACAAACGCACUAGAGAUGUUAGUUCAAUACUUCAAAAAGUUAAAAAAAAGGUUCGAUUUUUUUAGCUAGAAACUCAACGUCUUUACAAAGACUUUUUUCCAAUGUGGGCUUACGAAACGGCGCCGAAUUCGCCUAUUCGUUCAAAUACAUCGCCAAAUCCGUAUGGUACCUAUUCGCCGGUAUAUGGGCUUAGUUCACCAAUGGCUUCAAGCUCUAUUGGGUCUUCUUCGCCGCCACAAAGGUACGAGAACAACUGAAACUGUAAAAAUAAGAAUAAAAAUAAAAAACGGAAAUAAAAAGUAGUGCCGUGUUCAAAAUGAUUCUGUGAAAUUCAAAAUAGCCGUCAGAAAAAGAAAAAAGAAAAAUUAGUUUUGGAGAAACAGAAUUAUUCUGCGCUUUGUGGAAAAUACUUCAUAUAAAAUACUUUGGACACAGCGUAGACACGCCUGUUUAAGGUGGCCGCUCGUAUUACGGUAGUUUGGAUAGGUUUUUCAAUAAUAAAAAUGAAAUCUUGUGUACUUUUUGUGACUUAACUUGUAACCUCGAGAAAUAGGUCUUUAACGAAUUGCAAAAAAGAAAGAAAAUUAAAAAAAAUUUCGGGCUCCGAAACUGACUGCGUAAUAUUGACCGGCCACCGGCCGCCGUAGUACUGUCUCAAACAUGCGUGUAGAAGAAAGAGAAUUAUCAAAAAAUGGGCAAAAUCAGUUUUUUGAAUGCACCAAUCACCGCACAAAUCGAGCUUACUGUUAUUUUUUUGAAAUUUUUUUUUCUUAAAAAAAAUAAAACUCUUCUUCUUAUUUUUUAUUUUAUUUUUCAUUGUCAUAUAUAUUAUCUUAAAUUCGUUUCUGAGUCUUUAAAGGCGCAGAUGUCUCCUUUGGCAUUGUCAAAAUAACACUGAUAUACGUGAUUCACGUGAAACAACUCAGAAGGAUACUUCGAACAGACUAUUAGUACUAAGUUUCACUUAUUUUUUAAAGUUCUGGCUUCGGUCAUGGAACCGCCAUUUCAUUGUGUGGGAGCGAUGUUGAUGUUGAUGAUCAACCUGACGAGCCCAUCGUCAAAGAAAACGACAAGAAGCAAGAAAAAACGGUGAAUUUAGAAAAAAAAAAGCUGCAUUUGAGGAAACAUUUAGAUAGUCGAAAGUCUGCUCUACGUUUUAACACGCCAAUCGCACAAUGAAGCCAAUUUGGUGCAUCUGAUUCGCGAAGACGUCGUGGUGAGUUAUAAUAAUAAUAUGCUACAAAGAUUUUAUUGCGAUAUUCUUGAAAGUUAAAAAAGAAAAAUUUUGACGAAUUUCUCGUGAAAAAUUAUAUGAUAUUUUCUUUUCCAGGACUGCGUUAUAACCUACCUUCGCCACGGACAAAACCUAGACUAUUGGCCAUCCCGAGUCCUUCUUCAAAUGGCCAAGUCGCGCGGGUGUCUCGAACAGCUUAUCGACAUGGAGUUCCACACGCGAGUCCUAACUGGACUGUGUGCGGUCCCUUGUAGAAUGUUAAAGUCGGGAAAAUUCCGGAAAUACUCUUGAAAAAAUGGCGAUUUACUAGGUACUCUCAGAAGUGCGACCACUGCGAAGGAUGCUCGGAACGUGGCCGAGAAGUGCUCCGCGAGUUCGCCAGCCAUGUCGACAGCAAGUUUGGUCAUUCGUUUCUGUUGAUCCGACUGAGGAAGGACGAAUUUUUGACCAGAACUAAGGCUGCCAUUGCGAUUGUCGCUUUGAUUAGGUUUGUAAACUGUUCUUGAUAAAAUUAUUUCGAGUAUAAUUUCAUGAAAAUCCUUGUCCUUGUCGAUGUGCUCAAAAAUGCAUUAGUUUUGCAUGAAAUGAAUCAAUUUUUUUUUUCUCUAUAAUCUUUGAAAUUAGAGGAAUACCGACAAAUUGUCUUACUAAAAUUCGAGAAAACGUAAAGCUUGCUCGGUAAAGUUCGUUUUAUAACAUGAAUUAAUACUUUUCUAACUUGAUGAUUACUGUAGCAAGUAUUCUGCGAUGUCUCUGAAUCGGAAAAUCUUUUAAGAGAUCACUUCCGCUCGGCCUGGAGCCUGUCGGCCAGCCAACAGAGUGCGCUAGAUGUUCUUUUCGAUUCUCUUCAUGAAAUGCUGAAAUCGGAGGAAGGUUUCGAGCAGAACGCUACCAUUCAAACGUAUAAAAACGGGGUUUUUCAAAAAUAUGAUUUUUUUUUUCAAAUUUUUUUCUUUUCAGCCAUCGCUAUGUUCCCAGAUAAUCGGAGCCAUGUCCUCUUUAAUUACAGGCCAGAGAAUUCGGUUUUUAAAAUUAUCAACUUAGAAUUAUUCAAACAAUGUUCAGACAACUUUGCGAGAACGACUUGUGGUAUUUGAAGCCAAACGAUGGACACGGCGUUUGUGAAAUUAAAAAGUUGUUUUUGGAUUUUUUGUUUUUCUUAUAUCCAAAAGUAUCUUGAGGUCUCCGGAAAGCGAAGAAAUGCUUUCUUUCGUAGAUUGCGAUGGCGAGGAGAUUGGCAAGGCCAAAAUGGAGGCGGCGUGCGCCAGUAGCAGAUAUUUCGAGGUGCGCGAUUUUAAAGGGAUGGAGCACCUAAGGUUGAGCCCGCUCUGGAACAAUUUGAAGCGUUUUUUCAUCAUUUUUUUUUGGCCUGUCUGAUCAAUGAAAGCGCUAAAUUUUAUAUUACUCUAUACAAAAAAAUUCCAGAAAUUUCCGAAGCGCAAAUGUCUUGCUUGAUUUUAAAAAAAAAAAUCAAGAAGAAAUUUUCAAUUUUUGAUCAUAUAGAUCCAUGAAGUAUAUCCCGUUUGCCGUGACUUGAAUUUUUUCGAGUGUCUCCAUUGUCUAACAGUCAGAAUGACAUGUAAAUAACACGGCAAAAUGAGAGGGCCGCCGAGAUACGAGGAGAGCGUAGAGAAAGCAGCAGUUUCAAGAGUAUAUAAGGCAUUCGAAAGUUCUUCGAAAAAAUAGAUAUAUCAUUUCUCUGAAUUUAAAGUUUUGGUCUCAAAAACCUAGAGGAAAAAUUUAGGGCAUGUACAGAGGCGAGUUUGCCGAGAAGACGAGCCAGAAGCGCGUCUUCGAGGUGGACACGGUUGCCGAGGGCUGCUCCAAGGAAGAAUACCGCGCUUUCCUGCACCUUCUCUCCGGAUGCACGUCUUCUUGUACGGCUGUCCACGAUGCGAAUGCCGCCGCGGCACUGCUCCAGGUAGAAAAUCUUCGAGAAUCCUACUCUCAUUCUCGGUUCUAGUUAUCGGAUCGAUACCUCUGCCCGGAUAUUUCCCAGAAACUGUGCGCUUCCGACGGCCCAAUGAGGACUUACAUCAGCGGCGAAACGCUGCCUUUGCUCUUCCCUGUCGCUCUCUCGACUAACUCUCAUGAGGGGUUGGAAAUUUUCAGAAAUGUAGUAUACUUGCAAAUGAAGACAUUCAAAUAGAGUGCAGUGAAAAGUUAGCGCAUUCAGGGAUUUUCACAUAGUCGUGAAGUUUGCCAAAAGGAAAAUCUUAUCCGAAAAGUAAUUGCAGAUUGGAAUUUUUUGAACUUCAAAUGUUCUUCAAAUUUUGUAAGACAAACUUCGAUAUACUGAGAAUAAUCCCGAGAAAAUAAAAAAAUUUCUAUAUUCCAAGUAAAAAAAAACAGUUUUUGAGGCGCCUAGUCUUGAAAAAUGGGAAAUUUCGCCGGUUGACACUCAGGAUAACCGCCGAGAUAAAUGCGAGGCGCGACCAGAAAAAUGCGAGACCGGCGCCUCGACAGAUCGAGAUUUUUGCGAUUUCGUCAAUGUACCGCCACCGACCUCGCAUUUCUCUCGCGCCAGACUUGGCCGUUAUCUUUAGUGGACGCUCUGAAAAUGAUCUCUAGUUCAUCAAGGAGUAUUUCAACGAAUAUUCAGAGGAUUUGGCUUUUUUGGGAGGAGAAAAGCCUAUUUUUCGAUUCUUUUUUUUUCACCUAAAACUGUCAUUUUCAGGCUUCUGGACACGACUUUCCUAGUGCUGGUCCGUUAUACGCAGCAUGAAGAAGUUACGGAGUCGCUGCGUACCAUUUGCGGCAAACCUUACAUGGUCGACACGUUUCUGACCAAUUUUCGAAGAUUUCUGGAUCGAUAA